AUGAAUAAUAAAGUCUUGAUUCUGCAAAAAAGACCUGAUGAGUCAUUUCCGUAAAAUAUGAACUUUUUUGAAAUCUAAUAAUAAGUCACACCUCAACUUAAUAAGGGAGAAAUUCUAAUUCGUGUUCUAUAUAUAGGAAUAGAUCCAGUCAUGAGAGUUUGGCUUUCUGGUGCAAAGACAUACAUAGAUUCAGUAUAAAUAGGUUAAGUGAUGCCAGCAUUUGGAGUAGGAGAAUGUAUAGAGAGUAAUGCUAAGAAUUGGAAUCCAAGUAAUUUUUAUUUUUUAAUAUUCUAAAGGAUAAUUAGUGUUUGGAGUAUUGGAAUGCGCUUAGUAUUGUGUGAGAAAGAUAAACAAAUUAUUUAAGGUGCCAUCUUUUGUUGAGAUUGGUGAUCCAAUAAUUCCUUUGACAUUAUCAAUGUAAAUCAAAUUUGAAUAUAAUAUAGUUAUGGUGUGACAGGUCUUACUGCUCUGAAUGCUAUGAAAUAAAUACCAGAAUCUAAUAGACCUAGUAGACAAAAUUCAAAAACAUUAUGUGUGUCAUCAGCAGCUGGUUCAACUGGAUCAGUUGUUUGUUAAAUAGCAAAGAGAAUGGGAUUUAGAGUAAUAGGGAUUGUGAGCAGUAACGAAAAAGUUCAAUUCUUAUAGGAACUUGGAGUUGAUGAAUGUGUUACAUAUAAUGAAUGUAAGCAGAAUGAAGAAAUAAAUGUGAAGUAAAUAUUUAUCAUUAACAAAAUAGUGAAUUAACAAUGUUAAUAAAAUAGAGAUCACCAUAAGGAAUCGAUGUUUAUUAUGAUAAUGCAGGAGAGGAAAUCUUGGAUGCAGUUAUUCCUACAAUUAAUAAGAAUGGAUAUGUAUUGUUAUGUGGAGCUACAUCUACAUAUAAUUCAUGGAAAUAAAGAUGUGGUUUGAAGAAUCUUGCAAAAGCAAUAGAGAAUUCAAUAAAGUUUGAAGGAAUAAUGUUUUUGAAUGAAAAACAAAAGAUGUAUGAUGGAUUUGCUGAGAUGGUUGAAAUGGUUAAUGAAGGUUCAAUUAAGCAUUAAGAGGAAAUACUUUUAGGAAUAGAAUAAUUUAUUAUCGGAUUGUAAAAUGUAUUCUUAGGAAAAAAUAAAGGAAAAACAAUAAUUCAAAUUUAUGAUAAUUAAUAUUAGUAAGCUAAAUUAUGA